AUGAUAAAUACGAAAGCGUUCCACGGUAACGGAAGUGACGGUAAAUUUUCAAAGUACGUGCCGUGUCAGUACGCGGGUGCAGAACAACCUAGUCGCAGGCGCGGCGCCAGCGGCGAGCGCGCGUCGCUUGACGGCCGCCGCGCGAGCCCCGCUACCAUGAGAUAUUACAGCAAGCACACCGCUUGCGUCGUGCUGGUUCUGAUAGCUAGCUUGAGUAACGCGGACUUGAGUGAUGGGCCGGAGCUGUGCGUGACGGCGAGUGUGCCGGGCGCCGGCGCGCUGGCGGAGCUGGCGGCGCUGCGCCUGCGCGCCGUGGGCGAGCGCGCGCGCUCCGUGGCGCCGCCCGCCGCCUGCGCCGCGGCCGACAGCCGCGCCUGCCGGGACGCCGUGCUGACGGCGCUGGCGCGCGGCGCGCUGCACGUGGCGCUGCUGGCCGCGCCCGCCGCCAGCGCGCCCGCCGCCUGGCGCCUGCACGAGGCCGGCCUCGACGAGCUGGGCGACGUGGCGCCGCCCGUGCGCCGGCUCUGCCUCGCGGCCCCGCCGGCGCGCUCAUUGCUGGACUUCACCGAUUCGGAUCUUGCGAGGCAUUACUAUGUACCGUCCGACGACCUGGUGGCCGCUCGGAACCGAACGUUUCGGGUGAACGAGACCUUAUCAAAAGACGAAUCCGAUCGUGUAUUACGACCCGCCUGGUGCGACCCGCCUGAGACAAAGUGUGCAACGUUGCUGAGCAGCAAUCGUGGAGAAGCGCGUAUAUUAUUCGAUGUGAUACUUUCCCACCAUUUAUAUGCAAGUGUCCACCCGACGGCGGUCGAUUUGCCUACCUUAGCGACGGCCCUCGGCCCCCGGGCGUUGAUCUGCGACUGGGACCCGGAACGAAUUGAUCUCAGAGAUCUCCCACACCAUCUCCUCUCGUCACUCGGUCCGCCGCCUUGCGAUACGUACACCGAUGAUAAUGAGUGUCCUUUUGAAAGUCGUCGACUUAUCAAACUGGUGAAUGCUAGAGCCCUGUCUCAUUCUCGCGCAGCGCUGUUGACGCUGUUGCAACUUCGGUUGAGCACGAAGGAGCUACAUGAAAUCUCUCAGUUAGCUACGGACACGGACAACAAGCUGGCAGCUGAGCGGUUCAUUUCCGCCCACCCGGCGACGAAUGUAAUUCGCGAAGUGCGCGUCGCUGUACUUCUACCGAACACGACACGUCGUGAAGCAUACGACGCGUCGUCACUGGCGGCCGCAGCGGCUCUCGCGGAAGCCGAUCUCGAAAAAGAUUGGUCCGGCACGAUUAGAUUUAAGACAGAAACUUACGACGACCACUGCGACGCCACCCGUGCCGUUCAGUACCUGCACGACGCGCCCGUCACCGGUGAAUACGACAGUCUGUCGGCGGUCGCGGGCCCCGCCUGCGGCUCUGUGUUUGGCGACGUGGCUCGUCAGGGCCUCGAGUUCCGACUACCUGCCAUCGCGUACACUCCGCAAGCGCUACCGACGGCCUCGUUAGCUUUGCUAGCGGCCGGAGACGCACGUAUGCAUGCGUCCGUUUUUGGCGCGUUACUGGCACAGCUGGGCUGGCGUCGCAUCGCUGUCCUCAGCGAGCCCGCCACGCGCGCGGCUCUGGCCGCCGCCCGCCUUCAAGCGGACAUCGUAGUGCACACCGAGCUGUCAGACGAUGGACCGGAUUAUGAUCCCGAAAUAUUUAAAAAGUGGGCGGAGCGCGUGGCGGCGGCGGGCGGGCGCGUGGUGUACGUGUGCGUGGAGGACGCGCGCGCGGCGCGGGCGGCGCUGUGCGCGGGGCGCGCGGCGGGGCUGCGGCCGCGCGCCGGCGCCGUGUGGCUGCUGCCCGCCGCGCUGGCGCCCGCCGCGCUGCGCGCGCGCGCCGGCGAGCGCUGCGCGCCGCACCAGCUGCGCGAGAUGCUGGACGGCCACCUCAGCGUCGCGCCCGCCUGGGCGCUGCCGUGGCUCGAGGACGCCGACAGUGAGAACGAAAUCGUUGUACAAAACACCACGAGCAAGGAGCCGUCGAUGAGGAGGAAUGAAAGCGCUAGUGAGGUGACGCCGCUGGAGGCGUGGCGCGCGCGCUGGUUCGAGCAGUGCCGCUUCCUGGGCGUGGCGUGCUCGCGGCCCGGUCCGCACGCCGCGCUGCUGUACGAUAGUCUCCGGUUGUGGGCGAAUGCGCUCGCGCGCCUGUUUGCUGACCGGCCUAUAGCUCUUUACAACCUUCACGAUAUCGGUCUCGUUAGAUCCUUGGUUUCAAAUGUAACAAGAAUGGAAUUUCAAGGAUUAACGGGUCAAUUCGAGUGGGUGGCGGCAGGCAGCGGCGACGACAACGGCACCGCGUACGCGCGCUCGUCGCCGCUGCUCGUGCUGCAGUGGGACGGGCGGCGGCGGCGCGAGGUGGGCCGCUGGCAGCGCGGCCGGCUGCGGCUGCAGGAGGACUUGUUGGUUUGGCGAACUGCGAACGGUCGCUUGCCCGACGACGGUGGGGAACAGUGUGCCCUGCAGGCGAUAGCCGAUUUCUUUAACACUAGCUGUCGCACAGCCUUCGUGCUCCUAGGAGUAUUGCUGUUGUCGUUGGCGAUAGCCGCACUCGGGGCUACUGCGAUAUAUUGCAAGCGACGCGCAGAACGCAAGUAUCGUUCCCGUCUAGAGGCUCUAGGGCUCCACUCGAUGUUGCCCAAGACGAUAGGUCUCGAUCGCUGGGAGAUUCCCCGGGAGCGCGUCGUCAUUAACAGGAAACUUGGCAUGGGCGCUUUCGGGACGGUCUACGGUGGGUACGCCCUGCUGGCCGAGGAUCGCGGGUGGACCGCCGUGGCCGUCAAGACGCUAAAGGCGGGUGCGAGCACGGAGGAGAAAUUAGAUUUCUUAUCGGAGGCGGAGGCCAUGAAGCGUUUCGAUCACAAAAACGUCGUUCGCCUCCUCGCCGUGAUCACCAAGACGGAGCCGGUGUGCACCGUCAUGGAGUACAUGCUGCACGGCGACCUCAAGAACUACCUGCUGGCGCGGCGCCACCUGGCCUGCCCCGGCGCGGGCGAGGACGCGGAGGAGCAGGUGUCGGCGCGGCGCCUCACGGCCAUGGCGCUGGACGUGGCGCGCGCGCUGUCGUACCUGGCGCAGCUGCGCUACGUGCACCGCGACGUGGCCGCCCGGAACUGCCUCGUGAGCGCGCGCCGCGUCGUCAAACUCGCCGACUUCGGCAUGACCCGCCUGGUCUUCGAGAACGAUUACUAUCGAUUUAGCCGAAAGGGAAUGCUUCCUGUGCGAUGGAUGGCUCCGGAGAGUCUCGCGCUCGGAGUGUUCUCUCCCGCGUCGGACGUCUGGUCCUUCGGCGUACUGCUCUACGAGAUAGUCACGUUCGGAUCCCUGCCCUUCCAAGGCCUCAGUAAUAGCGAAGUCCUAUCGAGAGUGAAAGGGGGCCAGACGCUCGAGCUUCCGAUCGGACUGAAACCGCAACUCGAGGGCCUGAUCAAGUCGUGCUGGCAGCACGACUCCAAGGCGCGGCCGACGGCGAGCGAGGUGGCCGCGUUCCUGGCGGACGCGCCGCGCCUGCUGGCGCCGUGCCUGGACGUGCCGCUGGACUCGCUGCCGCUGGACGACGAGCCGCCGUGGCGCCUGCCGCGCGAGCGUGCCGAGGCGCGCUGGGUGUCGUGGGCGGCGCCCGCCUCGUGGGCCGCGCCCGCCUCGUGGGCCGCGCCCGCCUCGCAGGCCACCGACACCACCUACCUCAGCGCCGACGCGCCGCGCGAGGACGACGCCUUCCUGUCCUGACCGCGUGUGGGCUCGUCCGUUAAUUGCGUGGGGUAACCACCAUCUAACCAUCCGCUGGUAUAUGUGAUGAGGUUCUGGACUCCCCCGUCUCAUACAUACACGUAUAAUCUGAUUAAAUUUCAAAAAAUUAGGCAGUGUGUUUCAGACAGACAUCAAG